GGUGGUCCUCGGCGGGUCAGUUCAGCUGUCGGUGUCCGGUGACGCUAACGGCAUAAAAUUUAACGGAAUUAAACUUUUCUGCUGCUCGGCUCACUUACGGACGCUUUUCCGUCGAGUUUACCGGCUUUUACCGGACAGCAGCAGGAUUUGGGAAGAUGGCAGAGCAGGACAGUCUUCACCCUCACUGAGACGAGGAGGAGGAGGACGAGGAAGAGGAGGAUCAGGAUGGAGCGAGCUCACAGCCUCCUGCUGAACGAGGAGGCGUGCAGUCAGCUGGCUGAACAUCAGAGGGCCGAGUUCGUCUUCGAAUGGCUGACACACCUGAAGAAGCUGCUUCCUGCCACAGAGCGGGCCGACGUCAAACAGAACCAGCGCCGUCUGAUCGACCAGCUGUGGGGCGUCCUGAUCGGCUCCCCCGGCCCGCCGACCCGCUGGCUGCUGGCUCACUGCGCGGCCCUGCUGUACCGCCUGGGAGACCCCAUGACCGCCAGCCUGUUGGUGGACAGGUGCAAUGACGUCAUCCGCAGCAAAGACGACUCUCCGUCGGGACUCCCGACCCGACUGGCAGCCGUCGCAUGUCUCGGUGCUCUGUUUGAGCAGCUCGGCCGGAUGCUCGCCGGCUCCUUCAAAGACACUCUGACCAACCUGCUGAAGGCCAUGAAGAGCGCUGAGUCUCAGGGCCGCUUCGAGAUCAUGCUGAGUUUGGAGAAGAUCCUGCGGGGUCUGGGCGUCAGCGCCGUGCAGUGUCACCGCGACGUCUACAAGGCGGCGAGAGGCUGCCUGACGGACCGAUCCAUGGCGGUGCGCUGCGCCGCCGCCAAGUGCCUGCUGGAGCUGCAGAGGGAGGCGGCGUUUCUGUGGAGCAGCGAGCUGGAAAACGUGGCCACGCUGUGCUUCAGAGCCUUCGAAGGAUCCGGCCACAGCGUCCGAGUGUCGGUGGCCAGACUGCUGGGGACCCUGCUGGCUGCAGCCGUGGAGCCGCGACAGCCCGCCGCUCCGAGGCAGAGUGGGCGGGCUCGGAGCUCCCUGGAGGAGGUGAUGGAUCUGCUGUUGGCGGGGUUCCUGCGUGGCGGGGCGGGUUUCCUCCGAGCCAGCGGGGACAUGCUGAAGGGGACGAGCUCCGUCAGCAAGGACGUCCGCAUCGGCGUCACACAGGCCUGCGUGGUCUUCGUCUCCACGCUGGGCGGCUCCUGGCUCGAGGUGAACUUCCCAGUGUUCUUGUCCCUGCUGAUGGAGCUGGCGUCCCACGGCAGGGCCACGCAGACUCCGGGCGACGCUGUGGUGACCCGUCGCUGCGUCUCCUUCAUCCUGAGGAGCACCCUGGGGUCUCUGCUGGGGGAGAAGGCUCAGACCAACGCCGCCAAACAGCUGUGCCUCGCCGUGGCAACGCAGAAACGAGCCAUCGACGCAGCUCUGACCGAUGGGAACGUUGAGACCAGAGUUUCGUCUACAGACGUCGCAGCCAGUCAGCAUGUGUUGGUCUGCUGCCUGCUGGAACUGGGAGGACUCAUCCAGGGACUGGGAUCCACCGCCGCCCCCCUGCUCACUGACAGCAGCACAGCCCUCCUGGACACGGUGAUCUCCGUCCUCCUCCACCCUGCCGCCUCCGCCUCGUUGGCCGCCGCCUGGUGUCUGCGCUGCGUUGCCAUGGCGAUGCCGUCCCAGUGUUCCUCUCUGCUGGAUCGCUGCGCCGAGCGGUUGGCGGCGCUGAAGUCUUCCCCCGAGGCCGUGGCCGGGUACGGAGCCGCCGUCGCCGCCCUGGUGGCCGCGGUGCAGCACUGCCCACUGGGAAUACCUCACACCAAAGGCACGGUGGUUCUGUCUCUGGCUGAGGAGCUGCUGCGUUCAGCGUCUCAGAACAGUCGUAUCUCUCUGCAGAGGACUCAGGCCGGCUGGCUGCUCGUCUCCUCCAUCAUCACUUUGGGGCCGGCUGUGGUGGAGCACCACCUGUCCCGUCUGCUCCUGCUGUGGCGCUGCGUGUUUCCCGCUUCACUCAGGGAGCAGGAGAUGGAGCUGCGUCGAGGGGACUACUUCACGUGGCAGGUUACUCUGGAGGGACGCGCCGGGGCGCUCUGCGGCAUGAAGAACCUGCUGCUGCACUGCAGGGAGCUCGUCACCGAUGACGUCAUCAGCCGUCUGCUCACGCCGCUGGCCUGCGCUGUGGCCCUGCUCACCAAGCUGCCUGCUCUCCUCCGGUCUUACGGCAGUUCAGUUCGCAGCUGGUCGAUCGUCUACAGACAGAGAGUCUACGAGCUGCUCGCCCUGCUGCCUCCUCACACAUACCAAGAGAGUUUCGGUUUGGUGAUGAACCAGCUGGUGUCGGAUCUGUCCGGUCAGGACAACCUGAACCAGCCGUGCUCAGAGGUCACCCUGCUGCCCCCCCUCUGUCACCCUGACGACCUGCAGCUGGUCGGCACCGCCCUCCACGACACCGACCACAGAUACAUCGAGGAGCAGCUCCAUGGCAGCAGUGUGGGAGGGGGCUCUCUGGAUAACGAUGCCUUCAGUCUGUGUGAAAAGAGCGAUGAAGCUCCCGCUCCUCUUCCUCCUCCCGUCGCUCUCACCGCCGCCGCCGUCCGCCUUUUCGGAGCGCUCUACCCGCACAUCAUCUCCGCUCAGAGGGUCAAGAUUUUGGAGCAGUUUGUGGAAACGGUGAACCAGCUGAAGGGUCAACGCCAGCAGACCGUCCAGAUGCACGUCUGCGCUGCCCUCUGCAGUCUGCUCAAGCACCAGGCUGGUAUUCGGGGCUCUUUGGGGCCAGAGGAGGUGCGUCCCCCGGCGCUGUCCCUCCUGACGGGGGCUCUGGAGAGUGUCAGUCCUCUGCUGCGCUGCCUGGCUGCUGAGGGUCUGGCGCAGCUGGUUCAGGUGGUCGGAGACGCCGGCUUCACUGUGUCCAUCUCGCUGCUCUGCUUCGACAGGCUGAAGACGGCUCGGGACGCAGCGUCUCGCAGCGGCUACGCUCUGGCUCUGGGGGCGCUGCACCGCUACACCGGAGGAAUCAGCUCCCCGCAGCACCUGUCCACCUGCCUGGGAGUCCUGUUCACCCUGAGCCAGGACAGCACCUCACCUGAGGUCCAGACCUGGUCUCUCCACAGUCUGUCUCUGGUGGUCGACCUGUCGGGCGGUCUGUACCGCGUUCACGCUGAGCCGUCCUUCACGCUGGUGCUCCGCCUGCUGCUGUCGGCUCCGCCCACCCACCCCGAGGUGCACCACAGCCUGGGACGCUGCCUGCACGCCCUCAUCACCUGUCUGGGCCCCGACCUGCAAGGUGAAGGUGCGGCGGUGUCCGGUCUGCGCUCCAGCUGUCUGGUGGGAUGCGGCGUGAUGCAGGAUGGUCCGGACUGUCUGGUUCAGGCCAGAGCCAUUUCCUGUCUGCAGCAGCUGCACAUGUUCUCGCCUCCACACGUCAACCUGGCCAACCUGGUACCUGCGCUCUGUGAGAUCUUGUUGGAUUAUUCCAUGUUGGCUCACCUAUGCAGCUCAUACCUGUGUCUGCGUCGGGCCGUGGUGGCGUGUCUGCGGCAGCUGGUGCAGCGGGAGGCCGUGGAGGUUUCUGAACACGCCGUGACGCUCGUCAAAGAGCUGCCCAGACGAGACAACACCCAGCUGGAUGUCACCAUAAAGGAGGUGGGACUGGAAGGAGCUCUGUUCACCCUGCUGGACCGUGAGUCAGAUCCUGGUCUGAUGAGGGACAUCCAGGAGACUCUGGUCCACAUGAUGGCGUCCAGCGCCACUAGUGGGAAACUGGGACACUGGCUCAAACUCUGCAAGGACGUUCUGUCUGCAACCACGGACUGUCGGGCUCCUGUGGAGGCGCAGCAGGAGGACGAGGAGGCGGACCCCAGCAGAGACGACGACUCCUCCGCCUUCAGGGCUCGUUCGGAGUCCGGUGGCCCGUUCACGGCGCUGCGCUGGGCCACGCGCCGCUUCGCCAUGGAGUGCGUGUGCCGCGUCAUCGCUCAGUGUGAGACUGCGGACGCAGCGCACUUCGACAUGGCUCUGGCUCAGGAGCGCCGCCUCCAUGAGUCCACAGACUUCCUGGUCCUCCAUCUCGGCGACCUGGUUCGCAUGGCGUUCAUGGCGGCGACGGACCACAGCGAACAGCUGCGGCUGGCGGGUCUUCAGACCCUGCUGGUGAUCAUCAGGCGCUUCUCCGCCAUCCCUGAACCCGAGUUCCCCGGUCAUGUGAUCCUGGAGCAGUACCAGGCCAACGUGGGAGCUGCCCUCAGACCAGCCUUCACUGCUGACGCUCCUCCUGACGUCACGGCUAAGGCCUGCCAGGUGUGCAGCGCCUGGAUCGCCAGCGGCGUGGUCAGCGACCUGCGUGACCUGCGGCGCGUCCACCAGCUCCUGGCCUCCUCAUUGGCUAAAGUCCAGGCAGGGAGGGACGCGUCCAGCCAGCUGUACAACGAGGCCACUGCGACCAUGGAGACGCUGGCCGUGCUGAAGGCGUGGGCCGAGGUUUACAUCGUCGCCGUUCAGAGCAGCAGACAGAAGGAGCGCUCUGAUAGGAUGGCUGACCUGUCCGUCUCUUCCUCUGCGGCCAAUCACAGCACAGAAUCGGGAGGGGCGGGCCUCCUGAAGCUGGUCCAAUCAGAUCUGUCGACGCUGAGCCGCCUGUGGCUGGCGGCGCUGCAGGACUACGCCCUGCUGACGCUUCCGCAGGAGUUCUCCUCACAGCUCCCUGCAGCAGGAGGCUCCUUCUACACCGCAGAGACCGUCAACCAGGCCAGACCUCACUACUCCUCCUCCUGGGCUCCUCUGCUCCACGCCACCUCCCUCUGGCUCCACAGCACCGGUUUUGUGAUGUCAGACGACUCACCUGCCCACCUGUCCAGACCGGCCACGCCCACCUCCAUGGGGGGCGGAGCCAAGAGUCCAGAGGACGUCAGCAGUGACAGACUGCACCUCAUACUGGGGAUCAGCGUGGAGUUCCUGUGUUCUCCGCACUCAGACGACCAGAUGGAGAACAUCACUUCCUGUCUGCGGGCGCUGCAGGCGCUGCUGGACGUCCCCUGGCCCCGCGCCAAGAUCGGAAACGACCAGGCUCUGAGUGUGGAGCUGCUCAGCGUCCUCCACAGGUUGAUGGUGACCAGAGAGUCGCCGUCCGUUCAGCUUGCCGUCUUAGAUUUACUGCGACAGAUUGUGACGGCGGCUCAGGAGCACGUCAGGGAGAAACGCCACAGCGCCGAAGUGGAUGACGGUGCCGCGGAGAAAGAGACGCUGCCAGAGUUCGGAGAAGGACGGGACACCGGCGGUUUGAUCCCCGGACGCUCGCUGGUGUUCGGAGCGCUGGAGCUCUGCCUCUGUGUGCUGGUCCGGAAACUCCCACAGCUUAGCCCCAAACUGGCUGGAACCAGUCCAACUGGUCCCGGAGGUUCGGUGUGGACUCUGAUGGACAGUGACUGUCAGCUGGUGGCGUCCGCUCUGUGUGUCCUCUCUGAGCUGCCAUCUGUUUGCUCUCCUGAAGGCAGCGUGUCCAUCCUCCCCACCGUCCUCUACCUGCUGCUGGGAGUCCUCAGAGAGCUGGUGCACCAACCCAGCACACACACUGGUGCCGCUGCGGCGGGCUCGGCGGGCGGGGCCGGUGUGGCGACGGCGGUCCAGGCGGCUCUUCAGGCUCUGAAGUCGGUGGUGACGUCGCCGAUGAGCCGACAGGAGAAAAGCCGCGAAGCCUGGAGGCUCCUGCUGAGAUCAGCUCUCAACACACUGCUCUCACUGUGGGACACAGGGGACGUGGAUCAGGUCAGUCUGCUCACAGCUCUCACCGUCUUCCUGCUGUCCGCCGGUCCUGACGUCUGCACCGUGGAGCCGCUGCACGCCGUCUGUCUGCAGCGCUUCACCGCCAGCAUGGACGCCAAAGACCCGCUGGUCGUCGCUCGCUGUCAUCAGCUCCUCACGUCCGUGUUUCAGGCUCCGCCCGCCGUGGCCGUCCCGUACAUCCAGGCGCUCGGACCGCCGCUGGUUCGAUUCCUCCAGAAGGUGGAGAGGAGUCGACCUCAGACUGCGGAGGAGCUGCGAGGAGUCCUGGAGGGAGUCCGAGCCAUGGAGGCGCUGGUGCAGGCGGCAGACGAGUCCCAGCGUCCUCAGCUGGCGGCCGUCAUGUUCCCGCUCCUCGUCUCCUUCCUCCUGGAUGAAAACGCUCUGGGUUCGGCCCCCGCCGCGUCCCGCUCUCUGCACGAGGCGGCGCUCAAAGACCUGAUGCGUCUCGGCCCGCAGCACUCGGACGUCUUCAGGUCUCUCCUCGCGGCGUCUCCUCACCUCAAGUCUCGUCUGGAAGCCGCCGUCAAAGGAAACCAGGAGAGCCUGAAUGCUAAAGCCGGCGGCGCUAACCCGGCGGCCCGCAGCACCGCCAAGUCCUCCCCGAGCAUCACCCUCAAAACCAACUUCCUGUGAGACGACUCGCCGCCGCCUCAGGACGGAGGUUUGAUCCCCGUCAGCACCGUGCUGCGUUCACUGUCCCCCGGGACAAACUGACACUGACCGGUGACAUGAAGGACGAAAGCCAACGCGCCACCAUGUCGGGAGACGGACGAUAUGAUGACAUCACAGUGUUUUAACCCUUUGAACUCUCAGCACGAUUUCUUUCAAAAAUGGGGGAAAAAAGUCGAUGAGCAACUCGACGAAAAACGAUCCACAAAUGACACGAAGUUAAUAGAUUUAGAAAAUAAUUUUUUUUUUCAAAUGUCCAAGAAAAAAACUCUGUUUCUAAUGAUCAUUAUUACAUUUUUCAGAUAAUUUCCUGCAUUAUUACGAGGCGAGGCGGCUUUACGUAUACAGCACAUUUCACACGACACGGCCGAGCUCUACAGAGCAAAAAACACGAAAUCAUCAAAACACAAAACACAGCUGCAGACUUACCAUCAAAGAGUGAAGAGAGACGAUAGAAAAGUCCAUUUAAAAUGAUUUUAAAACAUUUAAUUGAAAAAAAUCACCGUUAAAAACAUUAGGAGUGCAGAGAUAACGGAAAAUGAUUUCGAAUCGAGUUUAAAUAAGUGUGCCGAGUAAAAAACGCCUUAAGCUUUGAACUGAAACUGGUUUAAAGUCGACGUUUGUUUCAGAUUUUUCGUGCUCUCCCAGGUCAUUUACCGUUUUUACUCUCUUUUCGUGUGAUUUUUUGCUCAUUCUGUUUUUCUCCGUGUUUCUGAAACAAAUCGCUGCAGUUUGAUCAGAGUUCAAAGGGUUAAAAUACUCGUGAAAGUCGACUGAAAGAAGCUCAAGAAAAGUGAUGCGGCUCCUUCUUUUAAAGGGUUAAUAUCCCACAGCGACUCCUCCCGCACGGCGGCGUGUUCCUCUGACAGGAAACGUCUCUGUUCACGCUGCACAGCACCCAAUCACACUUAUUAUCACGCGUAUUGAUCGCUCCGAUCACUGAUCGCUGUGAUCGCUCUGAUCGCUCUGAU